AUGUUCUCGUCUUUUUUUCAAACCGCAAAGAACUCGCCAUUCAAGACGCCAUUCAGCCAGGCUCAUUGCGAUGACGGAAAAGUUAACAGUCAGUUGUCAGUUCAACCAGCCGUAGGUCAGCAAUCUGGCCCCGUCGUUGGACGACAAAUUGCGGCUGCAGCAUCAGCAUCAACGGAUUCCUGUGAGUUCGGCAGCAACAAAUAUUUUGCUCUGUGCGGUAUUGGUGGUAUUUUGAGCUGCGGCACCACGCACACAUUCGUAGUGCCAUUGGAUUUGGUCAAGUGCCGUUUGCAGGUAGAUCCUGCCAAGUAUAAGAAUCUAAUCCAUGGCUUCAAGGUCACAGUAGCCGAGGAAGGUGCUGUAGGUCUAGCUAAGGGUUGGUUCCCAACCUUGAUUGGUUACUCUCUGCAGGGUCUUUGCAAGUUUGGCUUUUAUGAGCUGUUUAAAAUCAAAUACGCCGAUAUUCUAGGCGAGGAAAAUGCGUAUUUGUAUCGCACCUAUGUCUAUCUGGCUGCGUCGGCAUCUGCUGAGGUAUUUGCUGAUAUUGCACUGUGUCCAUUUGAAGCGGCCAAGGUUAAGAUUCAGACAGUUCCUGGAUUUGCUAACACAUUCCGUGAGGCAGUACCAAAGAUUCUAAAGGAGGAAGGCAUCACAGGUUUUUACAAGGGCUUGGUGCCAUUGUGGAUGCGUCAAAUUCCAUAUACCAUGAUGAAGUUUGCCUGCUUCGAACGUACUGUGGAGCUCCUGUAUAAGUAUGUUGUACCCAAGCCCCGUACAGAUUGUUCAAAGGGCGAGCAAUUGGUAGUUACCUUUGCUGCUGGUUACAUUGCUGGUGUCUUCUGCGCCGUUGUCUCGCAUCCAGCUGAUGUAGUCGUGUCCAAGCUGAAUCAAAGCAAGGGUGCGAGCGCUGGAAGCGUUGUGAAGUCGCUUGGCUUCAUGGGCAUGUGGAACGGAUUGACACCACGUAUCAUAAUGAUUGGUACACUUACUGCCUUGCAAUGGUUCAUAUAUGAUGGCGUUAAGGUGGCUUUGGGCAUUCCUCGUCCUCCACCACCAGAGAUGCCCGCUAGCCUGAAGGCCAAGGAGAAGAGCAAAUAGGUAGCUCAUAAUUAAAGAAAACAAUGCAAGCAAAAGCUAUAAAUUUUAAUUAAGUCUAAUUCAAAUGCAAGAUCAACCCAAUAGUAUAAAACUUGACGGCAAUCCAAACCCCAAUGAGCCGAGGAUAACAUACCGUACACAACUUUAAAUAACCAUACCUGUGCAUUCUAUUCGCGUUUUACGUAUAUAUGACUUCAGGCUAUUACACGUUCCAAUGAUACUAGCUACAGAUUUUCACAAUGAUUCCAAGAAAACUAAUUAUUUAUCAAAAUGACCUAACUUUGCAUUCCAAUAUACAGCAUUUACCUUAUAAGUUCUGAUAUGUGCACCAUUACACGUACAUAUCAUAAAAACAUUUAUAUCCAUUUGUGUGUUCUUUGUUCCAUUUCAAUGAUAAUUACUGAGUUACAGGUCUCAGAAUAUGGUAUGUAAUAGAUAAAUAUAAUUCAACGCUUAAUUGUCGCAUAGAAAAUUCCCCCGACACUGAAUAAACUAAAUUAAAAAUCAAACAG